AAAAAAGCAGAAAGAAAGAAAGUGGCACCUCCGCGGUCGUGUUAAAUGGAUUCUUUUAAUUUACAGACAAACGGUUCGUUUCCUCCGCUGGUAUCGAGGCAAAAACAAGAAAUACAUAAACAGAUAAAUAACAUUUGCAGUCGCGGUCCAGCCGAGGCCCCAGUAAGUGCUGUUUCGUAAUUUUAAAGUGCAUGAUUAGGCAGGAAGGGGAGUGGAGCUAUUUCAAGCCGCGCGCAAAAGUUACAGAGCGCAGGAUCCAGCGGCCCUGUCUCACACUGUGGGAAUUUUAUUUUGCUCCAUCUUUCCGGGUCAACGUUAAAGUUAAAGUCGGCGUGACUCUGGGUUUUUUGGAGUCGAGGACGGAUCGGUGGAUUAAUUCGACGGAGACGGGAGAGGCAGAGAGAGAGAGAGAGAGAGUGAGAGAGAACCAUGGAGGACAGCUCGCUGUCGGAGUCUGAGGUGGAAAACAAAGGGACAAGCGGUAGAAAUGAGCCGGCUGGAAUGCCCAUAGCGUCGUCUGCUGGAUUUUCACCCAGUUCAGAGGUGCACAUUGUUUCCUUCCCUGGCUUCUUCAUUCCUGUCUGUGGUCCACCUCCCUUCCCAUUCCUGUCUUUCUUUCACUUUUGCGCUUUGGCCUGGGACUCUUUUAAAAUGCCCCCCUCCUCCUCCUCCCUCUCUCUCUGAUUCGUCAGACGAGGUGAAUGUCCCUCUUUUUGUGUGUGCCUCUCUCCGCACACUCUCUCACUCCCUCUUUCUCUCUCACUCCCCCCCUCUCUCUCCCCAUCUCUGAUUAGAUAUACUGAUUCCUCCUUUCAAUGGACGUCAUUUAAGCGCAGACUCCUGCCUUGAGUUGCGUCCUCCGCUUCACGCCAGAUUUCCGUCUAUUCUUUCCUUGUUAUUAAGUAUUCCUGUGGUAUUAAUUGUAAUGAAUGCGUUCUGGUAGGAGUCCGAGAGGGAGACGAAGAAGCGGCUCUUUUUUGGGGCUAAUAUGAGCUCGAGCGAAGGGACGGUAGCACUGUGAUAGAAGCCCGGAGAACAGGGGGGAAAAGAGGGUUUACCAAGAGAAACUUUUCAACCUCGAUCGGCCAGCACCGCCGAAUAUCUGCAUUGUUAGAAGCAAAUGAAGGGCAGCUGGGAUCUAACCGUUUAUUUCUGAUGGAUUAUCGUCCUGCUACCGAGGCACAUAUCUGAUCGCCGGGGCCAUCGUGAUCUUUGCAGGAGAGAAGAGUUUUUUCGGGGGCCUUGUUCUUUUUUUUUCUUUUUUCUUUUUUGGGUUUUGCUGGUUAAUUCCUUUUGCUCUUCCCCCCCGCCCCCCAAAGACUCCGUGUUUUUGUGAACUGAUUACUAUAAUAAUCAUUUUUUAUUAUUAUUGAGUCGCACCAUAAAUCCUUACAGAUGUUAGUGCACAGUUUUUCCCCGAUGGAUCGUCACGACGGCACCAGCAAUGGGACAGCCAGGCUACCUCAGCUGGGCAGCGUGGGCCAGAGUCCCUACACGAGCGCCCCUCCGCUCUCCCACACACCGAACUCGGACUUCCAGCCUCCGUACUUUCCCCCACCCUACCAGCCCAUCUACCCGCAGUCUCAGGACCCUUACUCGCACGUCAACGACCCAUACUCCCUCAACUCCCUGCACGCCCAACCGCAGCCACAGCACCCGGGCUGGCCGGGCCAGAGGCAGGGUCAGGAGAGCGGCCUGCUGCAUCAGCACCGCAGCCUGCCCCACCAGUUGUGCCGGGAGUAUCGCAGGGAAGUGCUCCUGCCAUCCGGCCACGGCAUCGAUACGGGAUUGUCGGACUCUAUCCCUAUCCAUGGAAUACACCAAUCUUUAGAAGACGUGCAGCCUGUUGAGGAUCAAGGAAUUCACAUCCCCGACCAGACUGUAAUUAAAAAAGGUCCAGUGUCUUUAUCCAAGAACAACAACGUCUCCGCAAUCCCAGUAAAUAAGGACGGUCUUUUCGGAGGGGUGGUUAACCCCAACGAGGUGUUCUGCUCAGUUCCGGGUCGCCUGUCCCUUCUCAGCUCCACAUCAAAGUACAAGGUCACGGUGGCAGAGGUGCAGAGACGCCUCUCGCCGCCCGAGUGCCUCAACGCCUCUCUGCUGGGCGGGGUGCUGAGGAGGGCCAAGUCUAAGAACGGAGGAAGAAGCUUAAGGGAGAAGCUGGAUAAAAUCGGUUUGAAUCUACCUGCGGGCAGACGCAAGGCAGCCAACGUAACCUUGUUGACGUCACUAGUCGAAGGCGAAGCGGUGCAUCUUGCCAGGGAUUUCGGUUAUGUAUGCGAGACCGAGUUUCCAGCCAAGGCAGUAGCUGAAUAUGUAAACCGUCAGCAUUCCGACCCAAACGAACAAGUCCAAAGAAAAAACAUGCUGUUGGCCACGAAGCAAGUCUGCAAAGAGUUCACAGACCUGCUGUCCCAGGACCGCUCGCCGUUGGGAAACUCGCGGCCACAGCCCAUUCUUGAACCAGGAAUUCAAAGCUGUUUGACCCACUUCAGUCUAAUUUCGCACGGUUUCGGAACCCCUGCACUGUGCGCGGCCAUCACGGCCCUGCAGAACUAUUUGACCGAGGCUAUCAAAGCCAUGGACAAAAUGUACCUCAACAACAACCCCAACAGUCACUCAGAUAACGGCACUAAAGGCGGAGACAAAGACGAGAAGCACAGAAAGUGAUCUUUUUUCUCUCUCUCUCUCCAUCCCAUCUUCACCGAGGGCCAAACCGGCCCCCCCACGCAGGGGCCCUUCUUCUGCACCGACCCCACACCCUUCCGCCCCGGCGCCCCUCUGCCCCCAACCAUCCAAUAUAAAUAUUAUAAAUACCUUAUAAAUAUUAUUGAUAAAGUUAAACGUGCCACUUCCUGAUCUUGCGCGGUUUUACAUGUUUUUUGUUUUUGUUUUGUUUUGUUUUUACAUCCCACUUUGGAUUCAGGAGCAGGGGGAGGGAAAAAAAAAGAAAAGUCGCAAGAAUCUUCUUCCAUCACCUGAACCAUAUGAAAUGUUAUUUAAAAAAUAAAAAAAGAAAGAAAAGAGGAGAAAAAAGCUGCAGAGGAACAGCUCCAGGGCGAGGAAAAGCUGUAUUGCCUCACCCAGAGGACUUUUUAUGUACUCCCCUUAUUUUUUAUGAGCUGCAACGGAUGGACUGAAAUCCAGCGACCCCUCUAUAUCUCAAUUUUACGAUUGUGACAAAGAAAAAAAGAAGAAGAAGCUAAAAGAGGACGAAUUCUUAUCAGUAUUGUGAAUAGUAAACUUGAAAAACAACGAGAAAUCCCACAGAUCUCCAUGCCAUGACUUCAGUUGUAGACUCUGUCUCUCUCUCUCUCACUCUCACUCUCUCUCUGUCCAAGCGACCAACUUGAACUUUUUUGAAUUUCAACACGAUUCACGGUUAUAUAAGGGAAUCAGUGUUCAUGUAUGUAUAUAUUUAUUUAUGUGUAAUUUAAUGGGAAUUGUAAAUAUGGUGCGUCUGUUGAAACUUCUUUUUUUUUUUAUUUAUCUGGUGCCUCCUGUUUUAGUGGGUUUGAAUAUUCGGUUAGUUCUUCAUGUGAUUUUAUGGUUCUUAGAAAAACAGAAGUUUGGGGUAAUUUUUCAUUUCUCUGGGAUAUUUCAACUCAGCCCUCUUGUAGCAUGUUGAGGCGACAUUGAAGCAAGUGAACAAAUUUAAUAGAAAUAAACUUCCAAUUUUCUCUCUAUAUAUCAUCCUUAUUCAGUUUUUUUUCUUUAAAUUUUAUUUCAGACAGAGCAUAAGUGAGCCCCCACCCCCCACCCCCACCCCACCCCCCGAGGAGAAAUGUUCUUGUGUGUGUGUGCGUGUGUGUUUCUAUUUUUCGUUUUUAUACGAGCUUUUAUGUGUUGUGCCAAUCAGAAAUACGUUCCCACCUCUUGUUCUCUCCUUGAAGCAGCAUAAAAGCAAUAAAUGGAAUAUUGUCUUUUUUUCAAUGUUCGAAGACAUUCAAAAACAUUUUUUUUGGGGACCACCUGAUAUCUUGUUAUGUCCGAUAAUGUCCGAAAAUUGGAGGCGGUUUUAGCUGUAUUGUAUAGACCUGUGCUGGCAAUAGUUCCUAUGCCUGUCAAUGUAUUAUAGUCCUUUGUUGCCCAGAAAAAAAUAAAUAUUUGAUACGCUUCA